AUGGAGCCAUCAUCAGCCUGCAGUGAUUCAGUGGACAGAGAAUCAGAAGCGAAAUCCAACUCCAGCAUCAUCUCUCCGUCCGUGUUUGGGUCCCACAUCGAGAACUUUAACAUCAGCGUCAACACUAGAGAGGAACAGUGUCGGAAUAAUAAUAAUGAGGAACUGAAAGAGGAUCUAAACGCUGAAAGUUUGUCGACUGAAGAAUGCCGACAGACGCUCAAAUCUUCCCUUAAGAAAAAGUUCAGUUACUUACAUGAAGGUCUCAGCAGCGACUCCAGCAAAGUGUCGCUCAACAGCAUCUACACGGAGCUGUACGUCACUGAAGGAGGAAGAGGAAACAUCAACCAGGAGCACGAAGUCCGCCAAAUCGAAGCCCUAACCAAAUCCGACAUGACCGACGAAAAAUCCAUUCACUACAAUAAUCUCUUUGAAGCACGGGAACUCUCGGUACGAUCGGUGCUUACAAGAGGAGUCGCAGGAAUUGGAAAAACCAUAGCUACAAGUAAAUUUACAUUGGAUUGGGCUGAAGAUAAGGCGAAUUCAGACAUUGAUUUUGUUUUUCCGCUUUGCUUUCGUGAACUGAAUUUGAUGAAAGAUAAAAAAUUAAGUCUCGAGGAACUGAUGAGUGUGUUUUUUCCCGAAAUUAAAGAUUUGGGAAUUCUCAGGAACAGUAAAUGGCAGACGCUGAUCAUUUUGGACGGUUUGGAUGAAAGCAGGAUAGACUUGGACUUCCAGAACUGCGAGAUAAUGCCUGACGUGAGCCAAGCGACCUUUUUGGGAACACUUUUGGUCAAUCUCAUCCGGGGACGGUUGCUUCCCACGUGUCGACUUUGGAUAACUUCCCGGCCGGCCGCUUCCAGCCAAAUUCCUGGAGAGUGCGUUGACUUGGUGACGGAAGUCCGAGGUUUCAAUAAUCCCCAAAAAGAUGAGUAUUUUCGGCGUAAAUUCGCAAAUGAAACGAUUGCAAAUAAGAUAAUUUUGCACAUCAAGUCUUGCAGAAGUCUUUAUAUCAUGUGUCAUAUUCCUAUAUUUUGCUGGUUGGCGGCAAAAGUUUUGGAAAAAAAUGAUGAUAAAAACUUGCCGAAAACAGUAACGCAAAUGUACGUUCACUUUUUGGCUUUGUUCAUCGCUAACAUGAAGCAGCGGCUGCAGAAUAGUAAAGUUGACAUCAUCGAAUACACGUGCCCUAACUUGAUCGCGUUGGGUAAGCUAGCGUUCAGAGGACUGGAGAAAGGUAACUUGGUCUUCUACAAAAGCGAUCUCAGGAUAAACGGAAUCGGCGCAGAACAAGAAUCGAUCUUUUCUGGAAUCUACACUGAAAUCUUCAACGAGGAAACGGCGGUUUGUGGCGAAAAGGUGUUUAGCUUCAUUCACCUCAGCGUCCAAGAAUUUUUCGCAGCUUUGUUUGUUUUUCUCACGUUCCACAACGAAAACGACAACGUGCUAAUCAAAAAGUCAUCAGCUACGAGACGGUUUCUACGUCGGGAAUCUUCCGAACUCAACCUCUACAAAGCCGCCAUUGAACGAGCGCUGCAGUGCGUCAACGGGCACUACGAUAUGUUUUUGCGAUUUUUACUCGGACUAUCUCAAGAAACGAACCACCAUUUGAUGAAAAGAAUACUCAUGAACAAAAACAGGUCCAACGCAAAAACAAAGGAGAUCAUUGGUUAUAUUAAAGAGAAGAUCAAGAUGGCGCCACCUCCUGACAGAUGUUUGAAUUUGUUCCACUGUCUGAAUGAACUGAACGACAGGUCUCUGGUGGAGGAGAUCCAGAGUUUCGUUAAGGCGGGUCCACUGAAGGCGGCGGCUCUUACUCCGUCUCAGUGGGCGUCUCUGGUCUUUGUGCUGCUCACCUCCGAUGAAGAGCUGAAGACGUUUGAAUUGGGGAACUACGCCAGGUCUGAGGAGGGACUUCUGAGGAUGCUGCCGGUCAUCAAAGCAGCGCAGAUAGUUAACCUGAGUGGGUGUGGCCUGUGCGUGCGCUCUUGUCACGCCCUCUCCUCCGUCCUGAGCACCGCCACGAUCCAGGAAAUAGACCUGAGUUUGAACCUCAUCACGGACUCUGGAGUCGACAGCCUCUGCAGCUGCCUCCCACACAGCAGAGUGCACACACUCAGACUGCAGGGCUGUGGUGUGGGCGAGGCUGGUGCUGGUUCUCUCUCCUCUCUCCUGUCAUUGCCUCAGUGUUCACUCAAGUCUCUGGAUUUGUCGGAUAACGACUGUGGAGACGGAGGAGUGCAGCGUCUGAGUGAGGGCCUGUCCGCUCCACACUGCCCCCUGGAGGUGCUCAAGUUGUCUCUGUGUAGAGUGACGGAGCGCGGUUGUAUGUUCUUGGCCUCAGCUCUGAACGGCAGUGUCCUGACGGAGCUGGACCUGAGCUACAAUCACCCAGGACAGGGCGGAGUCCGGCUGCUGACCACUCUGAGGGACGACCCCCUGUGCAGCCUCAACAAACUCAGUGUUGAAAAAUGUGGAGAAUCUCGACUUGGACCAGGACCAAAGAAAUAUGCCGUUGAUCUCACUCUGGACCCAAACACCUCCCACAAAGAUCUUUCACUUUCAAACCAAAACCGAGCUGCCAAACGGGGGCUGAAUCCUGCCGGUCCCAACCCCAAAGAGAGGUUCGAUUUCUGGGCUCAAGUUUUGUGUGUCCAGGGCCUCAGGGGGCGGAGCUACUGGGAGACCGAGGUGGACGGCAGAGUCUGUGUGGGAGUGGCCUACAAACACAUGCACCGCAAAGGAGAGGGUACGGAGAGCCGUCUGGGACAAAAUGACCGGUCCUGGGGUCUCAACUGCAACAGGGACGGGUUUAAGGCGGUUCACAGAGGGGUGGUGACGCCUGUGCCCGUCCCGCUGAACAACAGAAUUGGGAUAUUUUUGGACUUUUGUGAAGGAAAAUUGUCCUACUUCAGCGUUCUUGAAGGGGAACUCCGGCAUAUUUUUACUUUUAAGGCAAACUUCACAGACCCGGUCUAUCCCGCGUUUCAUCUGGCCUGGGUUGGGUCGAGCGUUCAGUUGUGCUAAAGGUCAAAGGGCACACGGCAGGUUUUUGUUUUUCUAAUUCUGACUUGGUUUGGUGGCCUGUUUUACACUGGAAUUUUUAAAACAAAUAGUUAAAAUUUACAGGAAAACUGAAUC